UCUUCCUCCUCCUCCUCCUCCUCCGCCUGGCGGCCGCUGCCCCCGGCAGAGAUGGAGGCCAUCGAGGAGCUGGUGAUCCAGCCCUGCGCCUCCUCCCUCUACCUGCGCCCUUUCCGCCUCUGCUACCGGCAGCCCUUACAGAGUGUGCCUUCCAGUGUUGCACCGAGUGAUGUGACAAGCCAUACCUAACACAAGUGCCUUGGGGAGAGGAUGAAAGAGAAAAGAAGCAACUUUCUGCACUGCUGUGUUUUCUAUAUUUUUUUAGUUAGAAAAGUGUAUCCUGCUCUUGCAAAAAAAGAAUGGCACUAAGAAGGUCUGGGACUGUAUGAGGACACAUGACAGUGUGUCAAUCCUGAUCUUUAACACUUCUCGGCAGUGCUUUGUUGUGGUGAAGCAGUUCCGCCCAGCUGUUUAUAUGUGUGAAGUAGAAAGGCAUUGUCCUCAAGUCUUCCAGAAUCAAGACAAGGAGAACUGUCAUUUAGAGGAUCCUUUACCUGCUGUAGUAGGAGUGACCUAUGAACUCUGUGCUGGCAUUGUAGACAAACCAGACCUUUCUUUAGAAGAAGUAGCACGUGAGGAAAUCUUAGAAGAGUGUGGCUAUUGCGUUCCUGCUACAGACCUAAGGAAGAUCACCUCUUACAGGUCUGGAGUUGGUGUGACAGGUUCUAGGCACACCUUAUUUUAUGCAGAAAUAACAGAUCAGAUGAAAACUGGUAAAGGAGGUGGCCAGCCUGAAGAAGGAGAGCUGAUAGAAGUUGUAGAAAUACCUUUAGAAGACUCCAUGAAGUUUGCUUUUGAUGAGAGUCUCCCAAAGACACCAGGUGUCAUUUUUGGCUUUGUGUGGUUCCAAAACAACAUAGCACCCAAGCUACCAAAAAAAUAAAAUCAAAACAUCAGAGAUUGUGAGAAAAGCUUUCCCAUUAUUUCUAUGCGUACAGAAAACUCCAAGUCUGCUUGCCUUUAUCAACUCAGAUUAUCACAAAGGGAAUCUUUCCAAAAAUAAACUUUGAAGCAAAAUUAGAAGCAAAAUCCUGACCCUAUUUCCACCAGUGGCAAAACUCUUACUGGCUUCACUGGGGCUAGGAUUUGUCUCUGAGAGGCAAAUGUUGAUUCCCACACAAAACCUAAAUGUGUCCAGUCUUAGAAGCUCUCCCUUUUUGUGGCACUACUCUACCACUGUUCUGUGGAGAUGCUCAGAGCCUUAGUGCAGCUGCUACACAGGCCUGUUACUAUGGUCUAUAGAUACUAGCAGCUGCUUGUUCACUGUAGUUCUCGUAACUGGAGGUUUUUUUGGUUUGUUUGUUUGUUUUUGGCUUGGAGUUCUUUGGCCAGCAAACCUUAAUAGUCAAAUAUCCUAACUAUAUGCCUGAAUUCUGCACGGUUUUCAGGGAGGAGCUUUCUCUGUGAUGCCUAGCUCCUGUAAAGAAAAUGUUUGCAUUUCUGAACAUGCAGACCUUUAUUUCGUAAGCAGACAGAAACACAUUUGUAAGCUGUUCUGCUAAUUUGUCAUUCUGACAAUAGACCAGCUCUAAAACUAUGUAUUAGAGUGUAUUCCAACUGCAGUGCUGAGCACCACUGAUGAGGAUAUAGGGAUGAAUCGUGGGGGCUACCACUGGAACACAUAUCUCUCUGUUUUAUGAAUAAUCCUUGAUUAAUUAGAUCAGACUUAGUCCUCCAGACCAGGACUUGAGAGGCCAAAAUUCUUUUCAUUUGAUUAUGAGAUGACUAGUACAAGUCCUUUCUUUGAGAUGUUGUGCAUCUCAAUUUCUUUAUUGCUAAAAUGAAAAGAAUAGGACUUACUCCUCAGUAAAGCUUUCUGAAAUGCAGUGAUCGGAAGUGCUAUAUUGAGAGGUUUUAUUAUCAUUUGUGCAGUUUACAGUGUAGCCUGUACAACCUGCACCGAUACUGAGCAACACAGUUUGAUUCAAUAAGUCGUCUAAUUAGAAUGUAUAUUAUAUAGUCUAUCAGCAUAGUUUAGAUGUAGACUGUCAUAUGAAACUUAAUAGCAUGAAGAGAGAGAAUUGUCUGGCAAUUUAAUUAUGCACUUGUUCAUGUUACUCAGUUAAUGUUCAUUUACAUGACAUUACAUAUGUUUGUAGGACUACUGAGGUACUAUGUAUUUUCAGGAGACCAGUACUGGGAAUGUGCAACUAGAAUAAAUACAGUACAGAUACAAUUGUAUCCAGUGACUGAUUUGAAAUUGCUGCUAUUCUACUGACAGUUACAGAGGAAAGCUCAUUGGAAAGUCAUUGGAGAAAGAACAGUCUCAGUCCAAGGGAGUCAGACACCUUUUAUGAAAGUUCAGACGCAUUUACAUUGAACUGUGCCUGGUCUGUGGAUGAGUCAAAGGCUGAGUUAUCAUGAAAAGUAAAUUAAUUUUGUCUGUCUUGUGUAUUUACAUUGGAAGGUAUUUUAAGGCUGGGUCUCAGCUCCUGUGCGUCUUUACAGUGUCUAGUAGAAUGUGUCCUGAUUGUUGCUGAGGCCUUUAAGGACUACUAGAAUAUGAAUAAUAAAUAAUACAAGUAUGA